AUGCCUGUGUCAGGUGGAGGCGAUAUUUGUGAUGAAUCCUGUGUGGAACAUUGCGAGCACACACCACUUCCCCUCACCGAUCUAGACAAAUCCAUCACAACGGCUGUGUGCGAUUGCGCAAGAGAGCCUCCAACUGAAGUCGAUGCUAACGAGGCACUCUUUGACAACUUUAGCCUGCAUUGUGUCCAAUUCAGAGUGAAGGCUGCCGAAUCAGGCGUCUUGGCCACUGACCACAUCUAUGACGAGGUCUACGAAUCAAGCAGCCACAUCUACGAUGAAGUGUAUGACUCGAAUAGCCUAAGCAGUGAGGAGCGUGUGUAUGAUGACCUGUACGAAUCGAACAGCCUGAGCUGUCACUCCUACCACUCGCAAGUAGGAAGAACCGACGCUGACUCUCCCAGGCCGUGUGUCAGAGCCGUGAGUGCCUGGGGACUGGUCGUUUGUUCAACGCACCACGGCGCCACGUUCAAUUUCAACCCUCUAAAUGCACACAAGCAGAUAUACCUCGUGGCCUGCCCAAUAACUAGUGUAUGGAUUAUCUAUCGUCUCACGAACUCUAUCGCCCUGUUUGUGCUCUUCCUCCCCUAUUCGUCUUAAGAACCACCAGUGGAGUAUUGGAAGGCGUUGGCUGAAAGUCGACGAUUGGCUUUAGUGGAGAGUUUGGCGGAAAAUGAGGAGUUGUGUGUCCUUGUGGAAAAAUUGAAUGCCGAAAUUGAGCGUCUGUCGAAAGUAGACGAGAAGGCAAAGGCGUUUGUGGCCGACUACUUGGAAGUGACGAAAGAGGAGUCAUUGCAGUUGCAGGACUAG